AUGGCGCCAUACUAUGUCAACUCUAUCAAAGUGCUCCAAUGCCCCAUAAACCGCCCGGCAUGGGACCAUCCCAAGGAGCCAUCCCGCGUGGAUCUACCCGCCGGCAGCAGAAAGACCCCAGAGGCUCGUCCCCUGCCUUGCGACAUCAUCCUUGAAAAGGAUCACUUCUUGACUUUGCGCGAUGGCGUCCGCAUCCGAGCCGACAUCUAUCGGCCGAAGACGGAGGAGAAGGUCCCGGCCGUCCUCAUGUGGUCGCCAUACGGGAAGAGCGGCGAAGGCAAUCUCAACCUUGACAAGGUUCCUUUGAGGGCUGGUGUUCCUUUGAGCCAACUUUCUGGAUACGAGUCCUUCGAAGGGCUCGACCCUGCUGAAUGGAUUCCGCAUGGUUAUGCUCUGGUCAACAUCGAUGCCAGAGGAAUCAACGACUCUGAGGGAGACGUGAGAGCUUUCGGAACCGGCGAGGGCAAAGACGGCCACGACGCCGUCGAGGAGAUCGCCAAGCUUCCGUGGUGUACCGGCAAAAUCUCUCUAGCAGGUAACUCAUGGCUCGCCAUUUGCCAAUGGUACAUCGCCGUCGAGAGGCCUCCUCAUUUGGCAUGCAUUGCACCGUUCGAAGGUGCCAGCGAUAAUCUACGUGAGUCGUUAUCUAGAGGAGGAAUACCGGCACCUCCUUUCAUGAAGAUGUUGCAGAAUCUCCUCGUGGGCCGCAAUGAGCAAGAAGACAGCAUUGGGAUGCUCGAAAAAUACCCCAAUUGCAGGGAAUACUGGGACGACAAAAGAGCCCAGAUGAACAAAAUCGAGGUCCCGGCGUACAUCCUCGCAAGCUUCUCGACGAUGCUUCAUACCUUGGGGAGCUUCAGGGGGUUUGAAGAGAUACCACAUGGUAACAAAUGGAUCGCCGUCCACGCGACACAGGAGUGGUAUGAUCUUUACAGCGAGGCACGAACAAAUGACCUGCGAAAGUUCUUCGACCGCUAUCUCAAAGGCAUCGAGAAUGACUGGGAGAAGACUCCUGCGGUGAGGCUAGCUGUGCUCGGCUACAACAAGCCGCCCAUUCUAGACCUUCCUUUCGAUCACCUUCCGUGGCUGUCGAAUCCCAAUUCACAAAAGCUCUUCCUGGCUUCAGACAAGUCUCUGCAACAUACCAACGGCAGCGAGUACAAGACUCUUGAGUACAGAGAUGUCGAACGGGCCGAGUUCGCAUACACCUUCCAGCAACCGACAAAGCUAGCCGGUCCCUCGAAGCUGGUGAUCCACACAUCCUGCCCAUCGCAGUCAGACUUUGACAUCUACGCGCAACUCCGGAAGCGUGACAAGAACGGCAACGACUUGGAACAUGUGAACAUGCCCCUGGAGGCUCUCGGAGUCGCCACCGCAAAGGAGGUCCCGAACAUCAACCCGCUGAAGUAUCUCGGGCCUACAGGCCGACUACGAGCGUCGAAAAGGAAGGUGGCGCCGGAGCUGUCGCAGCAGUACUGGGAGACGCUGGCUCAUGAUUCCGACAAUCCCGUUGCGCCGGGAGAGAUUCUCAAGCUUAACGUGUGGAUCUGGCCAACCGCUAUCCAGUUUGAUGCGGGCGAACAGCUGGUGCUCAAGAUUUCGGGUCAUGACAUGAGUUUGCCUGAGUUUGAAAUGCUCAAGUCGGAACCAGCGAAGGCUGCGCCUCAAAUCUUGCACCUGGGAGGAGAAUAUGAAAGCUACUUGGAGGUUUCUUGGUUGCCCUGA